AUGUCGAUCAUUAUGAUGGACCAUGAUGAGCCGGACUUGGUGUCCAUGGAUGACUUCCGAAAGCUCACAGCUUCUCGUGGCAUGACGCUGCAGCCAGAUGAUGAGGCAACCUACUAUGAACUCCUCAAAGCAGCGGAUAAGUGCGCCAAAUACGUAUACAAGAUGCCAGAAUAUGUAGACCCGCGCCUGGUGCCCGACAUGGAGCCUGGCAGUACUCGCAACUAUGCGAAUCCUGCCAACGGCUCCUCGGAGAAUCCUCUGGGCGGAUGGAGCCAUCAGACGAGCAUUCGCAGCUCUAAACCGUUGAAGAAUGAACUACUCGCGGGAAAGACAGUGGUGGCCAAGGACAACAUCUUGAUUGCUGGCAUCCCGCUGACUAUUGGCACCUCGGCUAGCCAUUUGUCCAAGGAUGCGAAAUAUCCAUUGCCCAAGAUUGAUGCACCCGUCAUUCAACGAAUUUUAGAGUCUGGCGCAGAGUUCACUGGUACCGCAGUAUGCGAGAAUUAUUGCAUGUCAGCAUUGUCUUUUACCUCUGCUACCGGACCAGUGGCCAAUCCAUGGUUGGCCAAGGGCCCUAAUGGCGAGAAAUACGCCUAUGCCUGUGGAGGUUCAAGUUCGGGCAGCGGCUCAUUGGUUGCAGUCAACGUUGUCAAGAGGCUGCGGGAGCAGAAGGGUCUGUCGACGGAAGGCCUCGGCGAGGGAGCAGACUUUGCGCUGGGCGGCGAUCAGGGAGGCAGCAUUCGCCUCCCGGCUGCCUACUCUGGAAUCUAUGGUCUGAAGCCCACUCAUGGGUUGGUGCCGUAUACGGGCAUCGCCAGCCUCCACCCUCUGAUUGAUCACUGCGGCCCCAUGGCGGGCAGUGUUAGGGACACGGCAUUGCUGCUCAGCGUCCUCUCGGGCUAUGAUGGCAUUGAUCCACGCAUGACACCCGAGACUCCUCUCCGACAAAACGUACCGCAAUACCACGAGAUACUGGACAAGGAGAUUGCCAAAAGAACAGAAGCUGGUACCUGGACACCCAGCCAGGCCGCCAAGGGAUUGAAGAUUGGCGUCCUCAAGGAAGGGUGGGAGGUGCCCACAAUGUCCCCCGAGGUAGCUGCGGCAACAAAAGCAGCUUGUGACCGAUUCGCCGCGCUCGGCGCAGUCGUCGAGGAGGUCUCCAUCCCACUCCACAAGAUCGGCCCGGCGAUUUGGACGGCGGCGACCCGGGCCAACAUGAUUGACUCCAUGACCAACGUGUCGCCGACUCUGCUCUCCCACACCCUGCCCGACCUCAACCCGCCGGUCCCUGACCAGGCUUGGUACGAAACCAUGAACAAGUUCAACCCUGCCGUGGUGAAUGUGUUUUUCGCAGGUGCCUAUCUCUCGAAUCCGGAUCGGUUCCCGCCGGCGUACCGAAACAAGGCCAUGAUGCAUGUCCAUGAGCUGAGAGCAGUCUAUGAUGAUGCGCUUUCCAAGUAUGAUGUGCUAAUCACGCCGGUCACGCCAACCGUGGCGAUGCAGCGAGAUGAAACAUGGCACAAUGGUGGAGUCAUGGGACACUUGAACCUGGCGCUUGGAAAUAACAUGAAUACGGGCAUGUUCAACGUGACGGGACAUCCGGCCAUGGCGAUGCCAAUUGGUUGGGGUAGUCCCAGGGAAGAGGGAGUCGAUGGUAAACUUCCCAUUGCUUUCCAAAUCAUUGGAAAGAGGUUCGGCGAAAGUGACAUGUUCUUGGCGGCGGCGGCCUGGGAGGUUGGCGGCCGUGCCUAUGAUGAGUGGCAGCCAUAA